CUUUAGGAUUGGGUAGACGGGAGACCAGGCGGCUCGGGCUGGAUUCUGCGAGGCUGAGGGGGCUCCUGGAAAGAGAUACAAUAAAAGGGCAACCUUGUGGAUGGCCCCAGAAUAGACCAGAUGGAACAGGAUAGAACCAGCCAUGUUGAAGAGAGUAGUUUGAGUCCAUUUCUAAUACCACAUCCUUCUCAUGUUUGUCAGGCAGAACCGUUGUCAGUGAAGCUGCAGAAUGGAAACCCGUUAGCAGAGAAGACCCACAACGAAGUCAAUGGUGACCACACAUGGCUGCAUUUCAAGGCCAACUUUGGAAUAAAGCAUACCGCAAAAGGGAGUGCAAAUAAUCGAAUAAGCCCUGACCUUCUACAGGAAAGGAGAGAUUGUACCAGGUAUAUGCAAAAUGGUGGGAUAAAACGCACUUUCAGUGAGCCUUCUCUGUAUGUACUUCACCAGAACAAGAAACUGAAACAAGACGAAGAAGAAAAAGAGACCUUAUUAGACAAGAUCAAUCAACCAGAUGUUUCUAAUUCAUGCAGAGAGAAUGACUUGGCAGGUUUUGCAGAAGAAAAAAAUGCAGCUUCAGUUCUUACACAGUCUUCAAGAUACAACUGUGGUGCUUCAGAAACUUUUCAUGUUCCCCAGAUUCAGAACGAACUGGAGAGUGAAAAUAUUAAUUGCCACAAUGGGGACACUGUCUUAUUAUAUAAGAACAAGGCAAUGCCAAUGCCUAAUGGUGCUAUAGUUUCUGCCUCUUCUAUGGAAAGCAUGCACGGUGAACUUCUGGAGAAAACACUGUCUCAGUAUAAUCCAGAUCAUGUUUCCAUUGCAAUGCAGAACACAACGUCUCUCAGAAAUGCCAUAAAUACUUGGACAACGAAUGAGUUGGCCUGUGGGACACCACAUUCAUCCCAUACCUCAGGGCCGAUCAGCUCCCCACAGACCUCAAACUCUGAGCUGCCUCAGGUGCUAACUGCUUUGGCUACUGAGGUCCACUGUACAGAAAACUCCAAUAAACCAUCCAUGUUGCCAGCAUAUUUCACAUUUCAGAACUCAGAACUACAGUUACCGCAACAAAAUUCUGCAGAUGUACAUCAGUCCACGUGUGAGGAUACUGAUGUCCCAGGAAACAUGGAUCAAGUACCCAGUCAGAAUUUCUCAUUACCCAAUCAAGAGUUCUCAUUAAAUCCCAAUAAUGAUCUGGAAGUUCCAAACCAGAGCUCAGAGAGAUUGCCUGAGCCGGCAGGAGAAAAUGAUGCUUUGUUCCAGCAACGCUCCAUGGUCAAGAAAGAUUCGUUCAGUCCAGCUCCUGUGGCAGCUUCAUCCCCAGCUUCAGAAAUGAGAAAUAUUCUGUCCAUUGGGGUUACAGAUGGGCAUAAUUCUUAUGAUGCCCGAGGUGAAGAAAUUCAUUUGAGAGAAAAGAAGGUAGAGCAGCAACAGCAAGGAAAGCUCUCAACCCAAAUUCCUGGCCUUCUCCAGAAAGCACUUAGUUCUCAACAGAGUCUCCAACAAGAGGUUCAAGUUUCACAACAGAUGGGCAGUGAGACGGAUCUGGCACUCAUGGCGAUGACGUCAGAGAUCAGGCAACAAUACCCAGAAGAAAUGAAACCAAACUUGGAGCCUCAAGUUCAAAACUCAGGAAUAUUAGGGAACAGGAAAGAGAUGCAACAACAUUAUCAGCAUACCUUGGGCCAAAUUAAUCAGGAGACCCUGGCUGACAAUGAAAAAGGUUUGGGGAAAGAUCAGCUGCUGCUGCCACACCCUCGUUUGGAACCUCCGUGGGCCGUAAUGGUGCCUUCUCAGUUUCGCCCCAGCAAGUCUCCCCACAAAUCAAAUGAGGUGCUUUUGAGGACAAUGCUCCAGUCAAAUUCAAAUGAGCGGACACAUCCAAAGCAGUAUUCCGGAAGCCCCGAUAUCUCCAAAGGGGUUUCGGGACCAUCUUGCUACCAGAACGUUAGGCAGUUUGAACAGAUGUCUGCACUGUACAAAAGUGAGGGGACACAACUGCCACCUCACCUUACAGCUGACCAGCAAAUGCAGUUUCAAAAGCACUCACCGCAGCCUACCAAAGGAGACCCUCUGUUAAAAUCUCAUGAACAGCAACAAACUGCGAAGCCCUUUCACUUUCAGGCUCCAGCAGAAUGCUGCACGGAACAGUCUUUGGAGGCACCGUUAAAGCCACAGCACUUACGUUCUUCACCAAUGGAGAAUGAACAAUCCCUACAGUCACAUAUUCUGCAGCAAAUGCUCCAGACACAGCCAACACGAUUGCCACAGAGCACGCAACUCACUUUGAACCCACAGCAGCACACAGUUCAAAUGAAGAGCAGAGAAGUCCACCAGACCUUUCACCAUUCCAACAACAACCAAGAGCAGCAACUGGGAGGGACUCCUUUGAGUCAGCUUAAAUUAGAAGAGUGCUUUGAAACAGCAAACAAUUAUUUCCCAGUACAAAACUCUCAGACCAGACCAGACCGAGUAUCAAGUAUGAACAAUGAAGAUUCCCUUUAUAAUCACACUUUUAAAGCAAAUACCGUUAUGACGCAUUCCUACCCAAACAACAUGCACUUAGUUUCUGAGAAAAAGGAACCUGCUAUGAACUCUGAGCUCUUUGCCAAUAACUUAACACAUGAUGUGCAGCAUAUGCAAUAUUAUCCAAAUAGCAUGACCUCCAAACAAAAUUUGUCCCAGUGCUUUCAAGAACAAAAGCCGCAGUCACCCCAAACUUCCGCUGUACAGUUACCCUUCCAGCAGGCCCAGGGAUAUCCUAGUUUGAAUGCCAACAUGUGUAGCCAGCAACAAAGGUACCCGCCAUAUAGUCAGCAAGCUCCUUCCCACACAUUUGAUCCGAGAGGGGGCCAUCUUCCAUCUCAGCCGCACAGAGAUUUUCAAAAGCAUGCUGCUCUUAGAUGGCACAUCUUGAACAAACAAGAACAACAAGUCAAUCAAAACAAAUCCGAGAUGUGUGCCAGCAUGGGGAACAAAUCUAUCAAAAUGGAAGCGAGCUCCAAGUCUAAUGUCUGCCUGCGUCCAUCAGCUGUGGAAAACAAAAUGUGGAAGAAAACAAUUAAACAAGAGGUUCAGCAUUUUGGCUGUGAGAACGUGCAACAAAAAAGUAUCAUUGAAACAAUGGAGCAGCAGCUGAAGCAGAUUCAGGUCAAAACGCUCUUUGAUCACAAGUCGCUUACUAUCAAAUCCCCUAAACAUGUGAAGGUUGAAACUGCAGGUCCCAUCACUAUUCUGUCAAGAAACUCCACUGCUGCAGAUUUCAACAGCCACACAGCCUCUUUCGAUCAACAGGCAAUUCAUUAUAAUGAAAAAACACCAACCAAAAGAACUGCUGGGACAGCUCUCAAUCAUUUUUUAGAGUCCCCUUCCAAGUUACUGGAUACCCCUGUGAAAAACUUAUUAGAUACACCUGUCAAAACCCAGUAUGAUUUCCCAUCAUGUAGCUGUGUUGAGCAGAUUAUUGAAAAAGAUGAAGGUCCUUUCUAUACCCAUCUAGGAGCUGGUCCUAAUGUGGCUGCUAUUAGAGAAAUAAUGGAAGAACGGUUUGGACAAAAAGGCAAUGCCAUAAGAAUCGAGAGGAUUGUGUAUACAGGGAAGGAGGGCAAAAGUGCUCAAGGAUGUCCUAUCGCUAAAUGGGUGAUUCGUAGAAGUAGCACUGAAGAAAAACUGCUUUGUUUGGUGCGAGAACGUGCAGGCCACACCUGUGAAACCGCAGUAAUAGUUGUCCUGAUCUUGGUGUGGGAAGGAAUUCCUCAGAGCCUAGCAGACAAGCUGUAUUCGGAACUCUCAGAAACUCUGAAGAAGUAUGGCACGCUCACGAACCGCCGUUGUGCUCUAAAUGAAGAACGAACUUGUGCUUGUCAAGGGCUGGACCCUGAAACUUGCGGUGCAUCUUUUUCUUUUGGAUGUUCGUGGAGUAUGUACUACAAUGGAUGCAAAUUUGCCAGAAGCAAGAUCCCAAGGAAGUUUAAACUAUUAGGGGAUGAUCCAAAAGAGGAAGAAAAGCUAGAGGCCAGUUUUCAAACUCUUUCAACUCUGAUGGCACCCACCUACAAGAAGUUGGCACCUGAUGCGUAUAACAACCAGAUUGAGUAUGAACACAGAGCUCCAGAGUGCCGUCUGGGUUUGAAAGAAGGCCGUCCAUUCUCAGGGGUCACCGCUUGCCUGGAUUUCUGUGCUCAUGCUCACAGGGACUUGCAUAAUAUGCAGAAUGGUAGUACACUGGUAUGCACACUAACCAGAGAAGACAAUCGUGAAAUUGGCCAAACGCCAGAAGAUGAACAACUGCAUGUGCUGCCUUUGUACAAAAUCUCCAACAUAGAUGAGUUUGGAAGCACAGAAGGCCAAGAGGAGAAAAAAAGGAAUGGCAGCAUCCAAGUCCUUAGUUCAUUCCGGCGAAAGGUCAGGAUGUUGGCAGAGCCUGUUAAGACGUGCCGGCAAAAAAAGCUGGAAGCUAAGAAAGCAGCAACCGAGAAGCUUUCUUUGAUGGAGAAUGGGUCUAGCAAGCACGAAAGAGAGAAAUCCGUCAUAGCACGUCAGAAGCAGACCGGCUCAGAGGCUUCAGGCCACACUAAACAGUUAGCAGAUUUGUUACGUCUUUCAGGGCCAGCCAUAUCCCAGCAGCAUAUCUGUCAGCUUCCGCAUCCCACCUUUCCUAAUAAAACUCAGUCCAACCACAUCAACUCAUACUCUGCUCCAGGUCCCACAAACCUCUACAUGGGUCUACCCAAUGCAGCAACCCCAUAUCCAAAUUCUUCCCAUGCUUCAGAUCCUUAUGGAGGGUCCAGCCCCAUGAAUAUCUACCCAUCCUCUUCGCAGCCUACAGGAGCGUAUUUGAAUUCUUCCAGUUUGAUGAAUCCCUAUUCUGUACAUUUAGGUCAAAAUAACCAAUAUCCUCAUUACCAAUGCAAUGGAAACUUGCCUAUGGACAGCUGCCCCUCCUACUACAGCACCUAUUCCUCUCAGCCUCAGCAUAUGGACCUGUUUAGGUAUCAGAACCAAGACUCUCUAUCUAAACUAAGCCUACCACCAAUUCAUACAUUUUAUCAGCAUAAGUUUGGAAAUGGUCAAAACUUUGGGCCCAGAUACUUGAAUUAUGGAAACCAAAAUGUGCAGGUAGAUGCUUUCAACACUUGCACCAUUAGACCAAAUGUUCAGCAUGCAGGGUCUUUUCCUCCUUAUUCCACGCAUGAGGCCGAUGACCCUUUUAUGGACAUUGCCGCUAGACUGAAGUCUAAUCUAAGUAAUCCAGGCAUGGACUACAUGAAUAAAAAUGGUGAUCAUCUAUACCCCCUGCCACACCUAACACAUGACUACCACUCGGCUGUGGGCUUGUUAAAUGGUUCUCCUCAUUCACUCCAUCUCCAAACCAAGGAUAACCAGGCAGCUAAUGGGUUUCCAAACACGAUUCCAGGUCUUAACCAUCCCAGGACAGCUUCCCAUGAAGGCUUAAAUAAAACUGAGGUGCUGAAUUCAGAGGAUCCAGGUGAAGUUUGGUCAGAUAAUGAGCAGAGUUUCCUGGAUCCAGAUAUUGGAGGCGUGGCAGUUGCCCCAUCUCACGGGUCAAUUCUCAUAGAGUGUGCAAAACGUGAGCUCCAUGCAACAACCCCACUAAAAAAUCCCAACAGGAACCAUCCCACGAGGAUAUCGCUUGUCUUCUACCAGCACAAAAGUAUGAAUGAGCCAAAGCACGGUCUUGCUUUGUGGGAGGCAAAAAUGGCUGAGAAGGCAAGAGAAAAAGAGGAGGAAUGUGAAAAAUACGGUCCAGAUUAUGUGCCUCAGAAAGUGCAUGGUAAAAAAGCCAAGCGGGAGCCACCUGAACUGCACGAGAACUUGGAACCAACUUACAUGCGCUUCAUCAAGUCUCUUGCAGAAAGGACUAUGUCACUCACCACGAACUCCACAGUGACCACAUCUCCAUAUGCCUUUACACGGGUUACAGGGCCUUACAACAGAUAUAUAUAAAACUUCAGAUCUUUGUCCAUUACCUCAUUUGUUUAAACUAUUCAAUAAGGUAAUUUCUUUUAAUUUCUGGACAUGGAAAGGGCAAGAGACCUUUUUGUUUUGGUGUUGUUGCUUUUUUAACUCAUCAGUGGGAAAACCUCAGCCCACCAGCAAAAGAGGUAACAUUACCACCGCACUUGUUUUGUAAGUGGUCACAGAUAACAUCUGAAGAACUUAAAACCAAAGCACCCUAUGCAAAAUUUAGUAAAUGACAUUCACCAGUUUACAUUCAAAUGCUGGUUGAAUACUGGAAAAGAUAAUAUGUAUGCAUAAUGUUUAAUUUUUUUCAUCUGUGAUCAUUUUUAACGAAAGCAAAUUAAGAUGAGACUUUUUUUUAAAAGUAAAAAUGGGGUAAAACUUUCAAAAUUCCUCCUGGUGCUGAAUCUAUGAUGUGCUGAAAUACUGGCUUUUUAACAUGCAGGGUUUUUUUCUGUAAUCUUAAUAUUGACUUGAUCUUAUUAAUCAGGAUAGCUACAUAUAUAACAUGAUGAAUACAAAGCAAAACACUGAAUUUGUUUGGCUAUUCUAAAACAUGGUGCUAUGUACAAGAAUGGUGUCUAAUGCCGCAGCUGAACAGUUAAAUGAGUUAUUAACCAUGAUUAAGUUAAUAUUUGUACUCUGAUCUCCUUGAACUGCAAACAAGAUCUUUACAUUAAUGUUUGCAUCUAAGCAGUCUAUUGUUUUGAAAAAUCAAUUUUUUAAAAAUAGGGUGAAUGGUUAUGAUCUAGAGCCAAGAUCCAACAACGCUGUGUCUGAGGAGGGUCACAGCAUGUGAAGCCAGAGACCUCUGUGAAUCUUCUCCACUGCACCUGCUCCCCAGAAGGUAAAGCCGUUUGCCACUUGAGCAAUGCGAGUGGGCUUGCAUAGGGAGUUCAUAAGAUUCAUUCAGACCAUCAGUUUAGUAAAUGCACCUUUCUCGUGUGUUCCAUGGGAUCUAAGUGCUGUUCCUCAACAUAAGGCUAGGCAAAUUUUCACCACUGCAUUUUAUAGCACUUGGACAACUGGUCACUGCUGUAUCAUUAGAGUUACUUCAACACUGGCUCUGAUUUGGCAUCCAAAUUGGGGCAAACUUUUUAGAAUGUCCACAUGACAUCAUCCUAAAAUUGUCCACUUUCCAGGUUUUCUUCUGGUUUGAUAGUUUCAGGUAGGUAGCGAAGUCUUUUAUUUUACGAAAGGGAACUUGACUCUCAAAAGCUUAUACCCUGGAAGUCUUGUUGGUCUUUAAGGUUCUACUGGACCUGAAUCUUGCCCUGCUUUGAUGUGAUCGUUCUGAAACCUAGUAUGAUAUGAUCUUUUUAGAAAGGUUUCAAUCACAGUGUGCAUGCAGGAAAGUGUACAUUUUUUUAAAGGUCUUGCCCACAUUGGUAGCAUUUUCCUUGCCUCAGCCCCUCAUGACCAUAGUUUUCCUUUGUACCAUUGAAGAGCUUUUUUCCCCAGGCUUUUUUUAAAAAUCAGCAAUUGCAAGAUCAUUAUACCAUAUAAUGUGGUUAUAAUGACAACAAUCUGUUGUCAUGUUCAUUCUACCUUGCAUUUAAAAAAAUAUCUUUAGUCCUUUUUGUUGUGGACAUAUAAGGGGAAAUGGCACCCCUUGUAGCCCUAAAACAAAAAGGGCUAGAGGUUUUUUUUUUUAAUUAAAAAAAAAGCUGGGGAUUCAGAGGAGGUAGUAGAGCUUGUCAAUAGAUGGUUAAAACAUUGUAACAACCUAGCAAUUACCUAUGUUUUUUUAAAAAAGCUCAAAAUACCUCUGGUGGCAGGGGGAAUAAUAAUAGUCAUAGGAUGCUGAGGUAAGGAAAAUCUGGGACCUUAAAAACAUAAGCAGGAGGCAGUGUUUUGAACAUUUUUAGUGCAGCUUAUCACCUGGCUGAGGUUGGAAGCUGUUUUUAAAUAGAAAAGUGCCUUCCCCAUUCCACUAGAUGAAAACCCUGCAGUCAGAAAAAGUGUUCAAAGGACUCUGCAGUUUUCCCCACCCACAUUAUUUCUAUUUCAGAUUUCAGCCAAUGGGCUUGAUUCACCACAAAAAUUCAGCUUGUGCUAGAGCUGUUGUUGCACAAGCGGAAACUCAAGAAAAAGCUAUUUUAGUAUUGAGUAGAGAUUUGUUCUACUGCACUUCUGCAGGUAGGUCAAUAAAAAGGAAGUCCAGGCUUUUGAGCAUCUAGAAAGUCCAAAGAGAGUCUUUGGUUGUACGUGUGGUUCUCCUCCCCACCAACUCUGGUCAUGUAGGCUUUGUUGGAUCUCAGAGCCAAACUACAAGUGAUGCCUGACACGGGUUGGACACUUGUCAGCUUCCCUCAAGUUUUGGUGGGAAAUGUAGGCAGCUUGGCCGAAUGUUGGACAAGUGACAGUUGAAAAGUCCAUUGGACAGCAGUCGGAGAGCCAAGCUGCAAGACCAGGAUGCCUACAUUUCCCAUCAAAACUUGAGGGAAGCUGACAAGUGUCCAACCUGUGUCAGGCAUCACUUGUAGCUUGGCUCUCAGUGGAAUGUACUCUUUGAAUUGAGGCCUGAUUUAGGAUGAUAACCAAUAGAAUGAUUUUCUUAAAAUGGUGCUUGUGUACCUAAGCAUUGGCAGAAACCCAAACACUGCUAGGGCACUAAAACAUUUUAAAAGUUUACUUAUGCUAAGAAAUUGUUCUUAAGUGGCAAAUGCAUAUAAGGAAGCUUGAUGCUUUUUGUUGUGUUUAUUAAGGAAAGCAGUAUGGUGAGGGCGGAAUUUAGAGCAGAGAAGAAUCUAAGAGGCCUGUAAUCUUUUCCGUGCCUCCUACUUCUCCUCCAAGCAAAAAAAGCCCCCCUCCAUUCCCUGCCAUGGGGUUCAAAGUAUGUAGAUGACCCUUUAAGUCAUCCUUCUACUAAUGUGGAAGAUACACAUCCAUUUCCAGUUCCAGUCAGUCAAAGUUAAACUGGGGCUCGCUGGAUUGCAAGAAAAUACUUGUGUUAUAUUACCUCUCCCUCCCCCCCCAUUUUUUGGUGCUCAUCUCCCACAACUGUACUGUGAACAGUUUUUCCCCCCUAGAAUUAUAACAAGCUGAUUGUUCAAAUUUUUUUUAAAGAAAAUAUCAACUACAGGUAACAGACUUGACAAAAUUGUUGCUUCAGAUGUCUGCAGUCUUUUAAACGACCUGUAAGACUCUCCAAAUAACUGGGCAGACCGCUCUGGUGGUGUUAGGUUAUUUUCAUUGUGGUAUAUUGUCAUAGUUCAGUGCAAGUAGUUCUCUUUGCCAGGAAGAUUUGAGUAGACAACAGAUACAGGGUUAUUCUGUGUGAUUCUAUUGGUGGGAAAAGGAUAUAGAACAGGCAGCUGGCUUGCUGUGGUGGUUUUAAAUUGGUUAUUUGUAUAAAAAUGUAAGCAAAAGAGAUGUAUAGUAACUUAACUUGUAAACAAAAUUUUUUAAUGCAAUGCUCUAGUAUUUUAAUACUGUAUAAAUAUAUAUAUAUUAUAUAUAUCUAUAUUAUAUCUAUAUCUAUAUAUAUAUAUGGAUUUGGAGCUGAAUUCACAUCAUGGUGCUACUCGGCCAGCUAUUAAAAUGUGAGCUUAAAAACAUUAAAAUGUUUGAAUGAUGUUCCUACUUGUCAUAUUACCUCAACACUAUUUGGCAAUAGGAUGUUAAACUCAGAGUGGAAGUUUAUAACAUUGUCAUACCAUCUACCCCUCCUUCCCCGCCCCACCCCAAUUUUUUGGAAAAAAAAUACUUUUGUUCAUUACUUGAUAUUAUAACAAGUAUAACUUGAACUUCAGCCUUUUAAUGGUUUUGUUCUGAAAAUUCAGGGAUAUAUUAGCUCACGAUCUCCUUAAGCCAACAUAUCAUCUGAGAGAGUGUGCGCGCGUAUAAAGCUGUGUUGUGUAGGUUUAUAAAUAUAUUAUUCUUGAGAAGUUUUUUUAUUUUUUCAGGGAUUUAAUCUUUCUUUCUUUCUUUGAUCCCUCUUCUAAUUUUACUUGUAAAUGUACUGAUGUAACUAAAACUAAUUUUUGUAAAUCCAUUAGCUCCUUUUUAUGGUAAUGAAAGCGUUAUAGCAUUUUUAAAAUCUUUUUGUGUAUGUUUCAAACAAAAUGGAAAGUAGAAUGCACUGAGCAGACAAAAGGGAAACUGUUAGAAGCAAGGAUUUGGCAAGUGACCAUUCAUUAUCAAGAGUUUUUCUUCAAAGAAUUCUCUAAAUAAGCUCUUAGGAUAAUGUUUAAAUCAAGAUGCAACUAGGAGGCCACAUACACACACAGUGCAAACCCUACAACUAAAUGUAUGGCUGUGGAAUAUACUGUAAAGCAAAGGAACUGGUCGUGAAAUGAGUUACUCAUCUGUUUCAGUUUGCAUGCCAAGUUGUUAUUUUUAUUGGUAGGAUUUGUCACAUUGCAUAAAGACCAACCUUUACGAAACCAAUGCCUUAAUUUGAUCUUUUAAAUUCGUUUUAACCCAAAAAUUCUGUUCAAAGACAGCCAUGUCAUGUUAUCAAUCAAAUAUAUAUAAUUCUGCAGCUAGAAAAACAUACCACUCCCAUAAUCACAACACUCUAUAUAUGUCUUUGCUAUACGUUUCUUUUGAAAUCAGGAAUUCACAUUUCAAAAGUUAGUUGAACUGUUCUUGACAGUCACCCCAAACUGGAAGACAUCUCCGAUACACUCGCAAAGAUCCCCACACCAGCCAGAAUUGCACCAUUUCUUCAGUGUUGGGGAAUGCCUCUGCAUGCAUGAGGCUUCUUAGUUUUGAAUAGAAUCCAGGAGCCUCUGCUUGUAUGGCGCUUCCCAUGCAAGUUCGUGCUGCUGGAUGACGGAGGGCACUUGUGCUGUAGAGUAAUAGAAUUAUUUGGUAAUAAAAUCUUUAUAUUUACUGUUUCAUACCCAGUUUAUCAUAGGAGAUGGAUUGAAAUGCAUAUCGUCAUUUGCCAAAUUCCUAGCAAAGAGGAGAAAACUAUGUCUGGGCUGGACAAAUGUGUCUUGUAAAUAGCAGAACUGUAAUUUUCGAUGUACAGAACCCUGGCUCAGAAUGAUGGGGAAGGGGAAAAAGCAAAUAUUGAAUUGCUUGUAUAGGAUUAUCAGGUUGACUAUAGCCAUACUUGAAUACGCUUGUGAGUGGUGUCAACUUUACUUGAAUGAUUUUUUUUCAUCUGGAUUGACGCACAGUGGCGUUGAUGUUCACUUUUAAAGCUAGUGGUUAACUUGUGUAGGAAACUUUAACAGUUUGACACUAAGAUAAUGAACAUUUUCUACGUGUGCAUUUUCUAAACUUCUAUGUUCUGCUGUUUGUUUUUUUAAUAUUACUUUUCCUCAUUUUUAAGAAGUUUUGGUUUAUGAAUUAAAAAAAACUGAGAAUGGUUAUAAAUACUGUAAAUAUUGUAAUGUAAUGAAUGCAGGUUAUUUGAAAGCUGUUUUAUUAUAUCAUUCCUGAUAAUGCUGAAAUGUGGGUGU